AGAUUCUGCAAGAGGAUGUUCUCAAUAUAACAUCUGCAGAGGAGAGAGAAACUAUUCCCAUUUUUCCUCUUCUGACUUCUACUCCAGUCUUAGGUUGGAAGACUUCCUCUCAGUAGGUGACACUUCUGGAACAGAGGAGGAUACAGACUCAGCUAUCUUAUAUGGAACUUUGCGAGGAAGUGUUGUUGGAUUACGAUACUACACAGGAGUUGUUAAUAACAAUGAAAUGGUUGCACUUCAGAGGGAGCCCAGUAAUCCUUAUGAUAAAAAUGCAGUGAAAGUAAAUAAUGUGAAUGGAGACCAGGUAGGCCAUAUAAAAAAAGAACUAGCGGCAGCAUUGGCAGGCAUUAUGGACAACAAACUAGCAAUAGUUGAAGGGGUUGUCCCUUAUGGAGCAAAAAACGCCUUUACCAUGCCUGUGCAAAUGAGCUUUUGGGGACGAGAGGAAAACAAGGAAGCAGUGCUAGAUCAGCUAAAAAGGCACGGAUUUAAGUUGGCUCCUCCUCUGAAAGGUUCAGAAUGUGGUUUUGGAUCAAAGUGGAUUUCUGGGAGAUCUGGUCCAAGUUACAGUGCUCCAGUUCAUGCUGCUGUGCAGUUGACGACUGAACAGCUUAAAAGUGAAUUUGACAAAUUGUUUGAGGAUCUGAAGGAAGAUGAUAAAACUUGUGAAAUGGAAGGAGCAGAGGCUGUUGGCACGCUCUUGCUUCCCCAUCAGAAGCAGGCUUUAGCUUGGAUGAUUUCACGUGAGAACAGUAAUGAUUUGCCACCAUUUUGGGAAGAGAGAAGUAACUUCUAUUACAAUAUACUUACAAAUUUUGCAGAAAAGCAGCGACCUAAAAAUGUUCUUGGAGGAAUACUGGCUGAUGAUAUGGGACUGGGUAAAACGCUUACUGUUAUUGCAUUGAUUCUCACAAAUUUUCAAGAUGGCAAGCCUCUUCCUGUUGAAAAGAUCACAAGUGAUAAGUUUUUUGAGGAAUCUGGUACUAACAGCAUGAACAGCGUUGGACGCAGACUAUGUAAAGGUGACAAUAAAAAGUCCACAACCUCCUGUGUUAUCCAAGAAGAUGCAGGCUUUGCAUCUGUUCUUCUACCUUCGUCUGCUUGUUUAAAAAGACCAGCAAAGAGAAAAGGUACCGCAAGCAUUCAGUCAGUUGAGAAGAAAUACGCUGAUGGUGGCCCCAGAGCAACACUGAUUGUAUGUCCACUAUCUGUCCUGAGCAACUGGAUUGACCAGUUUGAACAACAUAUCCACCAAGACUUUCAUGUAAAUAUUUAUGUUUAUUACGGUUCUGACCGUAACAAAGACCCAUCAGUUCUUUCAGAACAAGACAUCGUACUGACAACGUAUAACAUCUUAGCUACUGAUUAUGGAAUCAGAGGUGACAGCCCUUUGCAUAAAGUCAAGUGGCUGAGAAUUGUGUUGGAUGAGGGGCACACUAUACGAAAUCCAAAUGCUCAGCAAACUAAAGCUGCCUUAAAUCUGGAGGGACACAGAAGAUGGGUACUUACAGGCACUCCUAUUCAGAAUUCUGUAAAGGAUUUGUGGUCUCUUAUUUCCUUCUUGAAACUGAAACCUUUUACUGAUCGAGAGUGGUGGCACAGAACAAUUCAACGUCCAGUCACAAUGGGAGCUCCAGGAGGACUUGGGCGUUUACAGUCUCUGAUUAGGAGUAUUACCCUUAGAAGAACUAAAACAAGUAAAGUUAAAGGAAAACCCAUUUUGGAGUUACCGGAACGUAAAGUACUUAUUCAGCAGGUUACACUUACAGAGGAAGAGAGACAAAUCUAUCAGUCUGUGAAGAAGGAGGGCAGAGCUGCUAUUAGCAGAUUUUUCAGUGAAGGGACUGUACUAGCUCACUACGCUGACAUCCUUGGUGUCCUGCUCAGAUUGAGGCAGCUUUGUUGUCAUCCUCGUCUUUGUAUGAAUACAUCUUCUAGUUUUUCAGCUGAUAAUAAAACUCCUGAAGAACUGCAUGAGGCAUUAGUGAGUAAAAUGAAGUUGGUUCUUAGCUCUGGUUCGGAUGAAGAAUGUGCGGUGUGCUUGGAAUCACUGACUCUUCCUGUGAUCACACGCUGCGCGCAUGUGUUUUGUAAGCCAUGUAUUUUUGAAGUCAUCAGAAGUGAACAGCCAAACGCCAAAUGCCCUCUCUGUAGGAACGAGCUUCGAGUAGAGCACUUGGUGGAAUGUCCCCUAGAAGAGGAAGCAGACUCCACUAAUGGAAAGAAGUCUGAUCCGGAGUGGAUAUCCAGUUCAAAGAUAAAUGCUCUCAUGCAUGCUUUGAUAGAACUACGGAGGGAUAAUCCAACUGCUAAAUGUCUGAUUGUUUCUCAGUUCACAAAUUUCCUGUCGCUGAUAGAAAAUCCCUUGAAAGAAUCAGGAUUUGCCUUUACUCGUUUGGAUGGGUCAAUGGCACAGAAGAAAAGAGUAGAAGCGAUUCAGUGUUUCCAAAGCAGCCAAGCAGGAUCCCCAACUGUAAUGCUUUUGUCUCUGAAAGCAGGUGGAGUUGGAUUAAAUCUGACAGCAGCUUCCCGAGUGUUUUUAAUGGAUCCUGCUUGGAAUCCUGCUGCGGAAGACCAGUGUUUUGACAGGUGUCACAGGCUGGGUCAGAAGCAUAAUGUUGUUAUUACUAAGUUCAUUGUGAAGGACUCAGUGGAAGAAAAUAUGCUGAAAAUUCAAAACAAGAAGAGGGAACUUGCAGCAGGAGCCUUUGCUACCAAAAAGCCUUCAGCAAGUGAAGUAAAACAAACCAAAAUUAAUGAAAUUAAGGCUCUAAUUGAUUUGUAA